UUGACAACGAAGGAAUUCCACUGCACGCCCAGGGCCAUGGCCUGGGCAGCCCGGGGCCUGGCUACGCCCCUGGCUAUAUAUACCUACAAAUAGCAGCAGCUGAUCGAUCGCAGAUGUGUGUAUUAUCACCUUCCUUUUUAGCUCCUCAUACAUACUCACAAGUGCAUAGGCAUGGCCAGCUCGUCAGCGUUGGAGUUCACCGUGAGGAGGAAGCUUGCGGUGCUGGUGCCGCCCGCGGCCCCUACGCCGCGGGAGCUGAAGAGGCUCUCCGACAUCGACGACCAGGACGGGCUCCGCUUCCAGCUCCCCGUCAUCCACUUCUUCAGGCAGCACGACGGCCGGGACGACGACCCUGCGCCUGUACUACGGGGCACCAUAGCGGCGGUGCUCGUGCACUACUACCCGUUCGCGGGGCGGCUGAGGGAGCUCGAGGGCCGCAAGCUCGCCGUCGACUGCACUGGCGAGGGCGUGCUGUUCGUUGAGGCUGACGCCGAUGUCCGCCUCGACCAGUUUGAUGCGGCCCUGGGGCCGCCCUUCCCGUGCCUCGACGAGCUACUAUUCGACGUCCCCGGCUCCUCCGGUAUCCUCGACUGCCCGCUUCUCCUUUUCCAGGUGACACGGCUCGCUUGCGGCGGCUUUGUCAUGGCUGUGAGGAUACAGCACACGAUGGCAGAUGCGGCGGGGAUGGUGCAGCUCCUGGGUGCUAUCGCGGAGGUUGCUCAGGGUGCGCCGGCGCCAACAGUGCGGCCGGUUUGGGGACGCGAGCUGCUGCAAGCGCCGCUGCUGAACGAUGAUGUACUACUCCCACCACGCUUUGCGCACCGUGAGUACGAUGAUGUGGUGGACAUGAUUGGCGCCAUUGCGCCCUUUGAAUUCAUGGUGCACCGCUCCUUCUUCAUAGGGUGGCGGGAGAUCUCCGCCAUCCGAUCCCACCUCCCGUCGGCUCUCAAUCGCAAAGCUACCAACUUCGAGGUCAUCACGGGGUGCCUGUGGAGGUGCCGCACGGUAGCUCUGGCCCCCCAUGCCGACGAGGAAAUGAGGAUGAUAUGUACCGUCAACAUCCGUGGCAAAAAAGACACUAUCAUCCCCGUCGGCUACUAUGGCAACGCCUUCGCUUCCCCGGUCGCCAUAUCCACUGCCGGUGACUUGCUCGCCAACCAUGUGAGCUACGCCAUGGAGCUGGUGAUGAAGGCGAAGCGGGAGGUGGAUGUGGAGUACAUCCUCUCCGUGGCAACGCUCAUGGCACAACGUGGGCGGCCACACUUUGCGGUGGCGCGCACCUACCUCGUGUCGGACGUGACCAAGGUUGGAAUCCGUGACCUUGACUUCGGCUGGGGCAAGCCGGUGUAUGCUGGUCCGGCGAAUGGCGGAGUCGUCGCCUUACCAGGCGUCGGCAGCUUCUUCAUUGCUGUAAGGAACGCCAUGGGCGAGGAGGGUAUUGCAAUCCCCGUGUGCAUGCCCGGCCCCCCCAUGGACAAGUUUGUUAACGAGAUGGGCAAGCUCAUGCGCCCGGCAUUGGCUGACACAUUUUCCAAGAUGUGAUCUGCCAUCUGAGUUGAAAAUCAUCUGGUAUCACGGUUUCAAUUGACCAUCAAAGCUUGUACCUGAAAUCUCAACCGGCUAGAUGCUUCUGCAUUUAGUCACUUUUUUCUUUACCAAAGGA